AUGAGGCUGGAGGCGGUGAUGGAGAACCUGCAGAGGCAGCAGCAGGCCAGGCUGCAGCUGGAGGAGAGGGAGGAGGAGGAUGGAGAUGGUGAGGCAGAGGGAGAUGGUGAGAGGCUGAACCAUCUCCCCGGACACUCUCCCAAAAGGACCCCGGUCCAGCUGUCCAGGUUUGGGCACCAACAUUACCGUGUGGCUGGGCAGCCCCUCUCCCCACUGGCUGUCCCUCAGCCCCAGUGCCAACCCCAGUGCCAACCCCAGUGCCAACCCCAACCCCAGUCACAGUCACAGGCACAGCAACACGAGUGGACCUACGAGGAACAGUUCAAACAGCUGUAUGAGCUGGAUGACGAUCCGAAGAGGAAAGAAUUUCUGGAUGACCUGUUCAGUUUUAUGCAAAAGAGGGGGACUCCAGUGAAUCGGAUUCCCAUCAUGGCCAAGCAGGUGUUAGAUCUGUACAGUCUGUACAAGCUUGUCACUGAAAAGGGCGGUUUAGUGGAAGUCAUCAAUAAGAAGAUCUGGCGAGAAAUCACCAAAGGCCUCAACCUCCCUACCUCUAUUACCAGCGCUGCUUUCACCCUGAGAACCCAGUAUAUGAAGUACCUGUACCCAUAUGAAUGUGAAAAGCGGGGCCUGAGCUCUCCUGGAGAACUGCAGGCAGCGAUUGAUAGCAACCGGAGAGAAGGUCGAAGGCAAAGCUAUGGAUCCACCAUAUUUAACUACUCCCCUGUGGGGACCCCGACUGUCCUGUCUUCACCAAAGAUACAGAUGCCAACCAUUGCAAUAUCAACGCCUAACGGCACCCAUAUAAGCCACAUUAAGAAAGAAGACUCGUCGCACUCAAUGGGAAUCACGGGGAGCCGGAUAGCAAUCCCCCUCAGCAUCGCUGGCCAUCACAUGCCCUCGGUGCAGGCUGCGGUGGCACAGGCCACCAUGGACCAGCUGCGGGAGAAGCUGGAUGCAGGGGAGCCUCCCGGGAAGAAGAUGUCGUUGGGGGUAGAGGAGCAGCAGAGACUCAUGCAGCAGGCACUACAGCAGAACCUCCUCGCCAUGGCCACCCAGAUCCCCAUGAACAUCAAGAUCAACAGCCGAGCAGAUGACAGACAAGAAACUGCAUUGAACCUGUCUAGAAAUGACAUUAGCAGCAUCAACAUGUCGAUAGAAAUAAAUGGAGUUGUCUACACAGGGGUCCUGUUUGCUCGACGGCCGGUUGUCCCCGUGAUGCCUGGCAGCAACGGAAACAAUAGCAAUUCUCAGGACACGCCCAGUCCGGCAUCAACAGCACAUCCCCAGCCUCCCUCAUCCUCAUCCCACUGUCACACUCCAACAAGCUCAGCACCUUGAAGCCUCGUCUACACACACGGAGACCACACAAGACAUUUGCGCCGCUGCCAGACCCCUCCGUUCCCUCCCCAAGGCCGCAACGCCCAUCCCUUUUGCCCCCUCUUGCUCCCAUCUCCACACCCCCACACACUACCACCGCCAACAACCAACAACUAGCCCCUCCCCCCUCGCCCCACACAGAUUGUGGUGUUUAUUUUUUAGAGAGCGUGUGUUUUUUUUUGCCAAUGAGGAAUUUGGUAACUUUGCAAGGUGAAGUGAUGGAGACAAACUCCAAAAAAAAAUCAUGCAUGAAAGAGGGAGGAAGGGAGGGAGGUAGA